AUGCAAUUAUUUUACAUUUCUGAGGAAGAUGAAGAAUACCGUCGCGCCAAUUAUCAGCCACCGAUACGGGAGUUCACCCAGCAGGAACUCGACAUCAUCGACGAGCAGGUAACGAAAUAUUCGGAAGAAGCCCAAAAGUUACGGGAAGAAACCGACCGUAGAAGCACUAGCUGCAUCUACAAAGUCCUCCCGAGGCUUAAGAAAAUCAAUGGUAACUCGUUAUACGAGCCCAACAUGGUCUCCAUCGGGCCCUACUACUACAACCUCCGUAAUGAAAAGUUCAAGAUGGCCGAAGAUUGCAAGAGGAAGUGCUUGGGCUCCUUGCUGGUCAAGGACAGAGAUCCAGACAUGCAACGCAAUACCUAUAAGCGCUGCUUGCAAAAAAUAAGCGAACUUGAAGUGAAAAUCAGAAAGUGUUAUUCUGAAGAGUUCGAAGUCGCUGGUAUUGUAUUUCUGGAAAUGAUGGUUCUUGACGCUUGUUUUAUAAUAAAAAUCAUUGAAAUGGUUGGAUCUCUAAGACGAGUCGACUUCAGCGAAUCUCUUGCAGCCUUGGAGUGGAUGGUACCGUAUUUCUACAGGGACUUUCUCCUGCUUGAGAAUCAGAUCCCUUUUUUCGUUCUGGAAGAGAUAUAUGCGCUUACCCAUAACAUUGCUGUCGAGACAAGUAGAUCCGGGCUGAUGGUUGCUGCUUUGCGAUUCUUUCAGAACGGAAUGAAAAGAUCCGAUUCUAUUUUGCGUUUCAUUAUCACGAACCUCGAUAAAAUUGGCACGGUCACAGUCUUGCAUUUGCUAGACUUGGUUCGGAGUAGUUUAAUACCAUCCAAUAUCAGACAGGGAAACAGAUUCCGUUUAGAUACUCCAUUCAUUCACUGCAUCUCGAAGCUCCGGCUAGCGGGGAUUAAGGUCAGUCCGGGCAAGGCGUCCAGCCUCCUAGAAGUGAAAUUCAAGAGAGGUGUGAUUAAGAUGCCAAACAUAGCCAUCGACGACUUGAUGAGAUGUCUGUUGCUGAACUGUGUGGCAUUCGAGCAGUGCCACCAGAUGAGAAGCAGCAAGUACUACUUCACGGUUUACGCUACUUUUUUGGACUGCCUUGUGAACACCAGCGAGGACGUCGAGUACCUUCGCGAGCGCAAUGUCAUUGACAAUUACCUUGCUGACGACUCCGAGGCUGCGGACUUCAUCAACCGUGCGGGCAAGGAUUUGGUAGUCAAUGUUAAUCACGGCUUCUAUUUGCAGGAAUUGUUCGAGGAUGUGGAGAAGCAUUAUCAGAAAUGGUGGAUGUGGAAGUGGGCGAGCUUCAAGCGGGUGUAUUUUGACAAGCCGUGGUUGCUUCUGUCGGCAGCGGGUGGCAUUUUGCUCGUACUGGCUACGUCAUUCCAGGCCGUAAUGGCCUUCUUAACUUACAAGUAUAAAAAUUGCUAG